GACGGAGGGGUGGCGAAAGGGGUAGAGGGCAGGGGACGGCCCCUACGCCGAGGGCUGCUCGGAGGUCCCGGCUGGCCCUUCGGAGGUCCGUUCCUGUUAGUCCCACAACUCCUGGCUACGCGAGCCUAGGGUUUAUUAGACGGAGUCAGUUGUGGCGUUCAGAGGGUCAGCAAUCAAUCCUGCGAAUCCAGAGUUUCAGACUUGUCGCCAGUAUUGGGACCCUGGGCGGGGGGGGGGGUAGAUUCCAUGUUUGAGAAGCCGAGGGAAUCUGUCUUUUGAUUCAGGGUUCAUCACUUAGAGGUUAGUUUUAGGAUUCAAAUUCAGCAUAUAGAGGGUUUUGCUUGGACUUGGGAUUCAUCAGAUGCGGACCAGUGUUUAUUGGGAUUCAUUCUUAGGAUCGCAGUUUAGGUAGCAGUUGCCACCAUGCUCAAAGCUGUGAUCCUGAUUGGAGGCCCUCAAAAGGGGACCCGCUUCAGGCCUUUGUCUUUUGAGGUGCCCAAGCCCCUGUUUCCAGUGGCGGGGGUCCCUAUGAUCCAGCACCACAUUGAGGCCUGUGCCCAGGUCCCUGGGAUGCAGGAGAUUCUGCUCAUUGGCUUCUACCAACCUGACGAGCCCCUUACCCGAUUUCUAGAGGCUGCCCAGCAGGAGUUUAACCUCCCCAUCAGGUACCUGCAAGAAUUUGUGCCCCUGGGCACAGGAGGUGGUCUCUACCAUUUCCGGGACCAGAUCCUGGCCGGGGGCCCUGAGGCCUUCUUUGUGCUCAACGCUGAUGUCUGCUCCGACUUCCCCUUGAGUGCUAUGUUGGAUGCCUACAGACACCAGCCUCACCCUUUCUUGCUCCUUGGCACCACGGCUAACAGGACACAGUCCCUCAACUACGGCUGCAUUGUAGAGAACCCACAGACACACGAGGUCCUGCACUAUGUGGAGAAACCCAGCACCUUCGUUAGUGACGUCAUCAACUGUGGCAUCUACCUCUUUUCCCCGGAAGCCCUGAAGCCCCUUCGGGAUGUCUUCCAGCGAAACCAGCAGGAUGGGCAACUGGAGGACUCUUCAGGCCUGUGGCCAGGGGCAGGUACCAUCCGCCUGGAGCAGGACGUGUUCUCCGCCCUGGCUGGGCAGGGCCAGAUCUACGUCCACCUCACUGAUGGUAUCUGGAGCCAGAUCAAGUCUGCGGGUUCAGCUCUCUAUGCCUCCCGCCUCUACCUGGGCCAGUAUCAGCUCACUCACCCAGAACGCCUGGCCAAGCACGCCCCCGGGGGUCCACGAAUCCGAGGAAAUGUUUACAUCCACCCCACAGCUAAGGUGGCCCCGUCGGCGGUGCUAGGUCCCAAUGUCUCCAUUGGGGAGGGGGUGACCGUGGGCGAGGGGGUGCGGCUCCGCGAGAGCAUUGUCCUCCAUGGGGCCAUGCUGCAGGAGCACACAUGUGUUCUGCACACCAUUGUGGGCUGGGGGAGCACUGUGGGGCGUUGGGCCCGUGUGGAGGGUACCCCCAAUGACCCCAAUCCCAAUGACCCCCGAGCGCACAUGGACAGUGAGAGCCUCUUCAAGGAUGGGAAGCUGCUGCCUGCCAUUACCAUCCUAGUGGCCCCAGCUCCUUGCCUCUGGCCUCCCCUCCCCACGGCUUCCUCCUGGUGCCCUCAUGUCCCGUUGCAGGCUGCCGUGUCCGGAUCCCUGCUGAGGUGCUCAUCCUGAACUCGAUUGUUCUGCCACACAAGGAGUUGAGCCGCAGCUUCACCAACCAGAUCAUCCUCUGAGGGGGACUGCCAGAAGGCACCCCCCCCCAGCUCCCACCUCCUACCCGCUCCCCUCGAGGCUCCUGCCUGCAUGGCCAGCCUCUGUCCAAAAGGACCCGAGGAAGCCAGGCGGGAUUUUCACGUGCCAGGAGCAACGUGGGUGGCCGGGGGACUCCUGGCCUCCCUCUUCACUCCUUAAUAAACCCCAGUGAACCUUGGA